AUGGAGAAGACUCGUCAAGGAAUUCAAACUAUUGGUCAAAUGCUCAUUAAGAAGUGCACAGAGCUUAUGAAUUCCAGGCUAAGUCAAGGUUUGGUGCAUCUACUGAAGCCACUCGAUAUUUUAACCACUGCGCUUCAAUCAAAGCUCGGUUGUUUGUCUAACUCGGCUGGAUCUCAUGUUCAACCUGCUGGGAUGGGAAAUCAGGCUCUAAAUUCUCUUGCACUGAUAUCAGCUCGCUAUACCCACACAGCUCUCGAUGUACUCUCUCAACUCGCUGCUGCACAUCUCGUUGCACUAUGCCAAGCCAUGGAUUUACGAGCUUUGCAUCUACUCUUUCUUCAAUCUUUCGAGCCCCUCCUUAAAUCUGCGAUUGUGAACCUUCUUACUAGCAACAAGGAUACGCACAACGAGAUAGAAGUGCAGCUAGACUAG